GUCUACAGACGCGCACUCUUCAAGUUGGGUGUAACCUUGUUGGAUUCUCGCUUACAACUCGUAUUAUCCUUUUUCCCAAAACCAUAUUGGAAUAUUCAAACGCCUUCAAGUGCACAAACUAAGUUUUCACUCUGCAAGCUAACGAUCAUAAUAAUAAAUCUGACCAUAAUCAUAACAAGGUUGAACCACUGCACGAUAGGUCUUGUAUUCUCGAUCAACUUCUGUCUUCAUAAUUGCUUCAACUGAAAUUUACGUUCUUUUUCUUGCGAACACGGGAUUGUGGAUAAGCUACUGGAUUAACGCAAAAUCGCUUUUGCAGGACGGUCAAAGGAAAUGGCUACUCAAUGCGCUAUGUAUCGCAUCAAAAAGCUCGAACAUAGUACAUCAGAUACUGGAACCUCGUGUUACAAAGCUACAGAUGGAUCUCUGUGUUUCUGUACAGUAAUAGACUUUAACCACGUUCACGAAUCUGGUCGUGAUUUAGAAUGCUGCCCACUUCAUUCACUUUUUAAUAUACAGUGCGAGCCGAUUGUUCUGAAAAGUAAUUCGCGCUUUCGCAUCAUUCUUGGUAAUUCUCCCGACACUACACAAUUUAAAAACCAGUCAACUUCGAAACAGCUUUCUUUAAGAAGUGUGGUAGAGAAAAUCCUGUUUAAUUGUACAGCUGGAGACGUGUUCAAUGUAGAGAUAGAAUCCGUUGAGAGAGACGAAAAACACAAAGAUCCCACAGAGUAUAAACUAUCAUUACGCGUUGACUAUGUACUUGUUCCACCGAUCUGUGGCGAUCCUACUAUGAAUGCUCCAGUUGAAAUAUUAGAAUCAGAUGUAAGAGAAAAUACUACAGCUGACUGGAAUCCUGAUUUAGCUAUUCAAUGGUUAUACCGAGCUUGGUAUUUAAAAGAAAGAGGUUCUUGGUUAGUAAAUCAUCAUUUGAAAUGUUUAACAUUACACUCGGAUAGUUCAAAUGGUAAAAAUAAUAGAGAGGAAUUAUUCAAAUACAUUUGGUCAUCAGCUUUUGCAUGUUAUUCCAGAGCUUUACAGCUUGUUUCAUUAGCUUAUUGGGCUGAAAAGACUUGUGUAAAUGAUGUUUUACCACUGGAAAUUAACGAAAAUGGAUCUGACCAUAAAACUAGCACAAACAAUAUACACUGGAUUCAAGUGGUAUCAGGUGAAAAACCCAUAACUUCUAAUGGCGGUGAAAAAUUGAAUAGUUCAGACUAUAUAGAUUGGGAUCGUUUUGGGGAUAUCGAUCAUAAAACUAUGUUUCCACAACAAUGUAAACCUUUACGCUUGAUGUUUAUCCUGCUUUCAAAUGUUGCUUUAUGUCAAUUAAAAGUUGGAUCUAAUGAUUAUUGUGCACGAAAUUGUUCACAUGCUUUAUAUCUUCUUUCAUAUCAAUUAGAUUCUACCAUAUAUUCAUCAACUAAUGAUUAUUAUCAUCAAGAUAUCAUUAAUACAGCAUUAUUUUCACAAGAAAAACUUCAAUUCUAUUGGGAUAAUUUUGAAAUCACUUAUCAAGAUAUCCAUAAAGUAUUAUUUCGUCGUGCUCAAUCUUAUUUUAAUCAAGGUAAAAUGGAUGAAGCUAAAUAUGAUUUGGAAUUAUGCAUUGAAUUGAUGAAAAGUCAAUUAUUAACAUUACAAAGUAAAGAUGAUAAGGAGAAGACUAUAGAAAGUAAUAAUAAUAAUAAUGACCAGGAAAGGGAGGAAACGGAUAGGGAAAGCAAUAACCACUGUAAACAAAUUAAAGCAGCUUUACAGGCUAGUGAAAACUUGUUAGUCAAAGUGAAUGAUCGUAUGAAACGUGAACAAGCUGAAUUACUCUCUCGUAUUAGGAAGCGAACCCAUGUAAAUGAAUGAAACGAUUAAUUUUAUUAUAUGUUUUAUAGUUUUUAUUUAUUUAUUUAUUCAGUGAAUAAUUAUACUUCACAUUUUAUG